AUGGCUCCCAACAACAACCAGAUGACUGAGCAGGUCAACAGUAUGGUACGAAUACUCUUGGCCGAGCUGAACAUGCACAAAGAUGAAUCCGCUCGCAAAGACAAGGAGAUUGAGCGCCUCACGUCCGAACUCGCUUCGCUCCAUGCUGAUCAAGAGCGUGACAAGGCCAUUCGCGAGGUUCUACAUCAAGGAAUCAAGCGGAAGGCUGAUGAUUAUGAUGAGGACUCUGCACGCAACGUUGUUCGCCGCCAAGGCUCGUCCAAUCAUUCCAGGCUUAUAUCGGAUGCCCUCGAGCUCUUCAACGAGGCCGCAUCAGCUGCUCGAUCAGGCAAAAUUCCAACGUCUAAUUUCCUUCAAUAUGUUGCACCACCCAAGUCUUCCGAUGUUGCUUCGACCAUGCCUCUCGAGAUACCAAACCUGUCUGUCAACGCCUCUUAUCUACUGCCCGCCAGCUUACCUUCAUCACCGCCGGCUAGCGCACAUUCGCCGCCACCCGCAGAAGCCUGCCAAUGCAACGUCGACGGUCAUUUGAAGUCUGCUGGGCACCUGCCAGCGGAGAUUAAGAGCAUGGUGGAAGCGAUUAUACCGGACAAUUUUGACAUCCUGACGACCGACACAUGUAUGCGAUGUCGACUAAAGAACAAGAAGAUGGUCUUGCACCGUAUCGCAAGAGCCGAUGUCGCCUGUCUCGACUGUGCAAAGAACAAGUCCCUGUGUGUACGAAAGAUGAAGGAUGUGGGAGCGGUGCUGUUUCCGCUUUGCAGUACGGAUCGUGGUGAUUGUGACGAGCAGGAUGAGGGAUUCUGGGUUUAUCGUGGUGCUCAAGACGAAAUCCCUUCGUUGACUGGUGAAAAUCCUGAAUACCCGCCAGGCAACAGUCGAAAGACUGGUAAGAAAGCUGCAAAUGGCAGCAGAGCAAGUGGGCGUCGACGCUGA